CGGGGGGGGAGUUGAUUGGCUGGCGACCACCCCCGGGUUGUCAUGGCGACGGGAUGCGGAGGGGAGGGGGGAGGAGGAGGAGGAGGAGGAGGAGGCGGCGACGUCCGAGGGAGGAAGGAGGAAGGCUGCUGCAGUUUCAGUCUGCAGUCUGGGAAUUGGAUACUUGAGCCACUGGAGCUGACAAGAGUCCCCCCGCCUCCUGCAUCCAUGGCAUUUGCUCCUCCCAGGAACACGGAUGGCUCCAAGCUGCAGAUCAAGAUGAGCACGUGGACCCCUCUGAACCAUCAGCUCAUGAACGACAAGGUAUUUGAAGAAAGAAGAGCCCUCCUUGGAAAAUGGUUUGACAAGUGGACAGAUGGGCAGAGGAGGAGGAUCCUGGUGGACCUGCUGGAACGCUGCUCCCUGGCACAGCAGAAAUUCUGCUCCAGGCAGCUCCAGGACCGAAUUCCCACCGAGGCCAUGGAUUUUACCACGAGGCUUCCUCGAGUCCUGUCCUUGUACAUCUUCUCCUUCCUGGACCCACGGAGCCUCUGUCGCUGUGCACAGGUGAGCUGGUACUGGAAGUACCUGUCUGAGCUGGAUCAGCUCUGGAUGAUGAAGUGUCUCCGUUUUGGCUGGUACAUCAACUUCUGCCCAACGCCCUUCGAGCAGGGAAUCUGGAAGAGGCAUUACAUUGAGAUGGUGAGAGAGCUGUGGAUCACCAGGCCAAAGCCUCUUCCCAAGGAGGAGUUCGCCGUUAUCGACGUGCAACCCGUCGGAAGCGACGCCCCGGAGGCGAAACUUCCCGUGCACGGAAGGAGGAGAACCAAGGAGAAGAAAGAGCUCCCCCCUUGGCGCUCGUCCGACAGACACCCCACGGACACCGUCCGCUACAACUACCUGGACAACUGGGACCCCAUCGAGCAGGCGAGGCAGGCGAGAAGGAAGGGAGGAGGGAAGACCCCAGACCUGAGCCAACAGGCAGCUGAGAGGAAAAGGAGAGCGGGAUGUGGAUCCAACCAGCUCCGGAAGGAGAAAUCCCCGAUAUGGCUUUCUGCAGAUCCUGAGUAUCUUCCAAAGCCACCAGCUCGUCCCAGCUGGGCCGCCCAUCGCUCCGCUGGGAACCUGCCCCCCAAGGCAGCGGCAAAGGCCCUGGCCCAGAGCUCCCAAUGGAACGCCGGGAUACGACCGGCACCCGUCCGAGCUCCACGUGGGAGAGGGACUGGAGAUGUCACCAGGAUGGAGAGCAGAGCUCCAUCAUCUCCAGUGUUUGAGGCUCAGCCCUGGCACAUUCCUGCAUCCAGCCAAGGAUCCGACUCGGAAUGAGGGAGGAUCCAGAGUGUCCCUUCAUCCAAGCUGGACAGAAACUUCUCUGCCUGGCAGUGGGAAAACAAAAUGUUGCUGCUGGUCUUUGGGAUCUCG